CUUUGCAUCUGCCUACAACGUCACCCGCGCCUCCUCCUUGACGUCAAGGCCGGGCCAGCCGACGCCAAAGCAGCCUCGGCGCAACGUCUUCAGUCGUCUGCUCCGACCACCCCUUCACCUCGGCUGCGGGUCGCGACCGGCCGAUCGCUUUCCCGUUUUCUUUUACUUCUUUCAUUUCGGCCUUUCCCUCCUCUGUGCUGCAUUCAGCGCUCGAGCGCGCGCGACUGCGAGGAAGCGUGGAUGAAGCUUCGAGCUGCAAGGCAGCCUCUGUCCUUUUUCUACAAUACACACACGCGAGCUCACACACAAACACCCGCCUAGGCCCCAUCCAAGGCGGGAUCGACUCGACCUGGUGGGAGGAGGAGAAGAAGGCGCAGGAGCAGGAGCGGGAUAAGGAGCCGGAACAGGAACAGGAGCAGGAGCAGGAGCAGGAGCAGGAGUGAGGCGGUCAUGUCGUCGGCCCGGGCUGAGGCGGCCGAGCGCGUCCGCGCGAACCAAGAUGAGGCCUCGACGACGUCACAUGCCUCGUCCUCGCGCGCCGGAAUCACAUCCUCAUCGACCUCGAACAGGGCUACACUCAAACCGCUCUCCCUGGCCGAUGCGCUGGCGAGGGCAGGUGGCGACGCUACUCGGGCCCUCGACGAGGUCCUGGCCGAGCGAAACCAGCUCUGCCUCGAGGCCAACCGACUGCAGACGGAGAACAUGCGCAUCUGGAACCUGAUGCGGAGACCAAAGAGAGAUCCCAACGAGGCGCAAACGGCCGCGUCGAGGACAUCGCACGAGGGCAACUCGCCUGGGCCUGGCGCCGUUGCUGUCGCCGGGCCGUCUUCUUCAAGAGGAUCACCACUGGCAGCACCGCCUCUCUCGUCAUCUCGGAGAAGAGGUGCCGGCGAGUUGGAUUCGGCAUCCCCUUCAUCGGAUGGUCUACGAGAGCGAGGCACGCCUGAUCAGGACCUUAUGAGCCAGGCCCAGUCGUCCUCGUCCACAUCCUCGCAGCCAGUCUUCGCGCAGGGCGGCGGUGGCACCGCCCCAGCACCUGCACCUGCCGCUGCCGCGUCUUCCACUGACCGAGGUACAGGGUCGGCAACUGAAUCGACGUUAGCCCCGACAGCACGGUCAGUAGCAGGAGCAGGAGCAGCAGGAGCAGCAGGAGCAGCAGCAGGAGCAGCAGCUGCAGCGGCGGCGGCGACAUCGACGGCCGCCGCCGAUUUGCGAUCAGGGGAUCUUUCUCAGCAAUCGUCGAUUAUGCAGCAGAGGGCGGCCGCUCAGCUGGCCGCCCGCGCUCAAUCCGAAGGUCACGGCCGUCGAAUGAGCUUCGAGAGCCAAGACUACGAGGCCAUUGACGGCAGUUCGGCGGCGCCGUCGGAUGACGAGGCACCCCAGUCAUCUUUUUCGCGCUCCGACGCCACCGCCGCCGCCGCCGCCGCAGACGAAACUAUUGGCCCGCGCAGCAGCGUGCGAGAACCCAGCGAGGCCUCUACCGUCGCCCCUCGAUCUCUUCCGUCUUCCGACUCACCCGCCAAUACUAUACAGCGACCGCCGCCUCGAUCCCAGCAUCAGCAGCAGCAGCAGCAGCAGCAGCAGCAGCAGCCGGGCGAGGUGCCCACGUCACCCACACGCAACACCUUUGCUCACCAUCAGGCAGGCAACGGCAGCACCAGCAGCCUGAGCAACACGGCGCGAACGUUUCCUCCGUCGCCGAUGGCAGCAAACUUUGCGAGAAGCGCGCGAACUAUGUCCGUCGAGUCCCUUGGUGGGUCCGCACCCCGGCUCGACGCCUCACGGCUGGCAAAUGCUCGACUCAGUGUGGCAGGCUCCAACCUGCGAUCCAAUGAGCGUGGUCGCGAGGUCAUCUCCUUUUACAUCGCCAUCGAUGUCGGCGCUGUGCCCUCAAAGGCAUCCAGCAGCCGUGGCGGCAACGUCUCUCCCUCGCAUCCUCAGUCGUGGCGGGUCGAAAAGCUCUACUCCGACGUCCUGGCCCUCGACGCUCGCCUGAAACAAAAGCACGGCAAGACGGCAGCCAAACGCAUCGGCAGUGCGCAGCUGCCCGACCGGACCUUGUUCAAGGACCAUGCACCGAGCAAAGUGGACCAGCGCAAGGCAAUCUUGGAUGCCUACCUGCAGAAUCUUCUCGCGAUUUCCCUCCCCGACAAAGACGAUCUCUGCACGUUCCUCUGCACCGAUGUCGUCCCCACGAAGUUGCGCGAUCCGCAGGCCAUGACCAAGGAGGGCUUCCUCACCAAAAAGGGGCAGAACAUGGGCAGAUGGGUCACUCGGCUGUACAGACUCUCGGGCAACAAGCUCGACUACUACGAAUCGCGUGGAGGUGCGCACCUGGGCAGCAUUGCCGUGACGGGAGCCCAGAUUGGAAGACAGCAGCGCAGCGCCACGGCUGAGCUGGACGAGAACUCAUACCGACACGCCUUCCUUAUUCUCGAAAAGAGACCGCCCUCGUCGGCGGCUGAACAGCCACAAAUGGUGCGACACGUCCUGUGCGCAGAGAGCGACGAUGAGCGCGAUGAAUGGGUCGACAUUCUCGUCCGCACCAUUGCCGAGCUGGAGAAGGAGACGGGACAAACAGCUGCUCUGCCACCUUCGUCGCCAACGAAGGCGCUCUCGCAAAGUCGUCCCAGCGCUGCUGUCAAGAACUCUGGCAUGAGCAUCAGCACCAGCAGCAGCACUACGCUCGUGCAGCCGCCUAACCCGCGCUCGCCUACGCGGGCCCGAGCAGAAGACGUGUCGCACAAGCAUUCUGGCAGUCAGACGGGCUCCUUUGGCCGAGGCUCCGAGCCAGCUUUGAUGCCGGCGUCGUCGUCGUCGGCAGCGGCGGCGAGACGAUAUGGACCCCAAUCGACUCAUCAGCCGCCGUCGAGCGGCGGAGACACGGUUCUGCCUUCCUCCUCGGCCGGCUUUGGGACAGGGACAGAGAUGGGCAGGUCUUUCUCCGACUCGCUCCAGUAUGGCAGCAACGAGAGCAUGCUUCCCUCGUCGCCGCCUCAGCAGCAGAUUGCAUUGGCGCAGGCGCACCAGCCGGCCCUGAUCUCGUCGACGAGCAGGGGCCAGCAGCGAAAGGCGUCGCAAGACACCUACGUUUCCGCCAUUGCGCCAGGCAACUCCCACGAUAGCCGCAGUGCGCAUCACGCUACUUCCUACGAUACCCAGCGUCCAAGCACGCCAGAGAACAAGGGCACAGCGACGAUGAGCGGCGGCGGCGCGCCGGGAGGAAGCGCGUCCAAGGGGAGCAGCAGCGGCAACAACAGCAGUGGCCACGGCAGCAGUGGGCCUCUGCGACCGUCGAUCAGCGGGCCGAUGAACGGGGCACCCAUCCCAACUGGAUUCAAGUUUGGGGGUAAAGACGAGGGAGGAGCUAGCUCGUCGUCGUCGUCGACUGCCAUCGCCACUGCCAACAACGGCGCGGUCAGCAGCACAGGUGUAGGGACAGCGGCUGCUCCUUCGAGCGAGGGCAACAAGAAACGCUUCUGGCAAAGAUUUGCAGGCGGCGGUGGCGGUAGUGGUGGCUCGGCCGACAAGAAUGCCCCACCGAAGAAGGUCUUUGGCGUGCCGCUGGCCGAAUCGAUCGCUGCCUCAAACAUCUCCGAGGGGCUGGAGCUACCGUCGGUCGUGUACAGAUGCAUCGAGUAUCUGGAGAAGCGCAAUGCGGCCUCCGAGGAGGGCAUCUACCGCCUCUCUGGCUCUUCUGCCGUCAUCAAGUCGCUCAAGGAUCGCUUCAAUGCACAGGGCGAUGUCGACCUCCUGGCGCCGACUGAGCCGAUGCACGACCCACACGCUGUCGCCGGUCUUCUCAAGACUUUCUUUCGCGAGCUUCCCAGCAGCGUGCUGACCAGCGAGCUGCAUCUCGAUUUCAUGCGCGCAAACGACAUCCUUGACCGCAAGGAGCGUGUCAAUGAGCUGGGCCAGCUCGUCUCGAUGCUGCCCCUGCCCAACUACUCUGUGCUGCGAACGCUGUGCAGCCACCUGAUCAAGAUCAUUGAGCGACAGGACGAGAACAAGAUGACGAUGCGAAACGUCGGCAUCGUCUUUAGCCCCACGCUGGGCAUUCCUGCCGGUGUCUUUGCUCUCUUUCUCACCGAGUUCGACUGGGUCUUCUACACCGACGCAAGGGGUGAGCCUGCGCCGAGGCUGAUCGAAGAGGACAUUAUCCCGCCCGACAACGAGGAGCUGGGCAAAGAGAGCUUUUCUUCGCACCGGAGCCAGGGCCGAGAGGGCAGCGUCGACGGGAGCGAGCAUUUCGCCGAUGCGCUGUCGCAGGACUUUCACCAGAGCAGUGCCGAGAGCACGGCAGGGGCAGCGGCGCCCUCUACGCCACGGGCAAGGUCCAAGAAGGGCAACCGGACGAGCUGGAUCGCUGGUAAUGCCCUGCAUGCUGCUGAUGGACAGGUGCACGACCUGGGAACGGCCACGUCAUCGUCGCGUCACAAUCGCAACAGCUUGUCGUACAACGAGGAGGAGGCCGACAAGCUCCUCGGGGGACCCCAGGGCCGGAACCGGCUGAGCUCCCAUGUCGAGGAGAUCGACCAGGUGGACCUGACGGGAGACGCAGCGGACGACACACUCGAAGACGAGGCAGGAGGAGGAGGAGGAGGAGCACAGCAGCAACUACAGAGUCCAGUAGGAGACGAGGCACUGCAUGCGACGCCGGCGGCGCAGCUGCACCAGCGGCAACAGCAAGAAUGGGCGGCAAAGGCAAGCUUCGAGUCGCUGCAGCCGCCGUCGUCGGCCAUGGCGGGCGUAGGCAGCGGUGGAGGCACCUACUCGUACAUUCCCUCGCCCAUGGCUUCCCCUCGCUACGCAUCCUCGACCAAGUCGGCGCGGAGCCGCGAGCCGUCGGCAUCGCAGCACGACCACACGCUCCAGCUUCCCGGCACCUCGUACGAUCAGUAUGGACGGCCCCAAGCGUGGUCCUCUGCCUCGUCCUCGGUGCCCGCAAGCCCUGCCGGCAGCACGAGGUCCCACCGCUCAGCGCCGCGCCCGCCCAUGCCGUCUCAGCCGAGCCCAGCCUCAUCUGCUCACCACUACCCGCAGCAGUACGGCGGAGGGGGCAACCCUCGAUCGCCUCCUCCCGUCUCUUGAAGAAUCUGUAUCAAGUCCCUAUAACUAUCACUAUCAUCUCUUUCUUCUAUACAUUCCCCACUUCUCAUUACCCUUUUCCUUCUCUCUCUCUCUCUUCACCAAACAGCAAUUUCUGUCACGCAAACUUGUGUCUUCUAAGAGCUGAAAAACUUA